AUGAAUUUCUGUAACAUUAUUGGCCUCGUAUUCUUGGCCAUAGCGGUAACUUUAGUGUAUUCAGACCCAGUACGGUUUGAUAACUAUAAAGUGUUCAGUGUUAUUCCACAUAAACAGAAAGAUUUGGAAAUUUUGAAUUUCUUUAAAAAAUCACAGUAUGAUUUUUGGACUGAUUUCAAAGGACUAUCCAAAGGUGUGCAUAUUAUGGUAGCACCUCAUCAAGAAAAUGAAUUUGUUGAAAUUUUGUCUAGAAACGGAAUUUCUUUCGAGUUGUAUAUUGAAAAUAUUCAAAGGCUUAUUGAUAAUGAAAAACUUACACGUGCAAGUUCAGAGUUCGAUUUUAAAAAUUAUCACAGGAUCAGCGUGAUUAACGAAUAUCUGGGUGCCUUGGCCGCAAAGUAUUCCCAAGUUGAAGUAGUAAUUGGUGGUAGAUCAUAUGAAGGACGUAAUAUUACAGGAGUCAAAGUCUCUUAUAAAAAGGGAAACCCGAUUAUUGUUAUUGAAGGAGGUAUCCAUGCUCGAGAAUGGAUUGCCCCAUCAACAGUUUUGUAUCUUUUAACACAAUUAUUGACUAGUACGGAUAAAAAGGUUCGUCAUUUGGCUGAAGAUUAUGACUGGCACAUUUUCCCAUCUGUUAAUCCUGAUGGAUACGAAUACACCCAUACUAAGAAUCGUUUGUGGAGAAAAACUAGACAACCAGGCAAACUUUGUGUUGGAGCUGAUGCAAAUCGUAAUUGGGAUGCACAUUGGGCAGAAGCCGGUGCAUCUAGCAGCGAAUGUUCAGAAACGUACGCUGGUAGCAAAGCAUUUUCAGAAAUUGAAACCAAAACUUUAUCGGAAUACAUAGAAAAAAUUUCUAAAGAUCUUCAUGGUUACAUAGCUUUUCAUUCAUAUUCGCAAGUCUUGCUUAUACCUUAUGGUCAUACAAUUGAACAUUUAGAUAACUACGAUGACUUGCUUCAAAUUGGUAAAAAAGCUGUAAAAGCGGUUUCUCAAAGAUAUGGUACAAAAUAUGAUGUUGGAAGUAUCACUGAAAUAAUGUAUCCCGCUUCUGGUGGCAGUAUGGAUUGGGUUAAAGCUGCAUUCAAGGUACCAAUUACAUACACCUACGAAUUACGUGAUACUGGUCGACAUGGAUUUGUUUUACCUCCAGAACAGAUAAUUCCAACUGGAGAAGAAAUCUUGGAUUCGUUAGUGGCUUUAUUCGAGGAAGCUGAAAAUAUUGGUUAUAAACGAUGAUAAUAUAAAAAUGUAUUAAA